AAUCCUUUCAUUUCUCUUAUCUCCUUUCACUCGCUAUACUGAGAACGAAAGGAAGCGAGAAAUGGAGAUGGCAAUUAGCUUCCAUCAUUCUUCUUUCAAAGCUCCCUCCAUUAUUCCUAACCCUAAAUUCCCUUUUCCCACGCAACUUUCCGGUCUCAGCUUAUCUCCGAUUUCCUCCUUCAACUCCAGAACUGCAUCUCUCAAAUUCCGUUCUAGGAACUUGACUGAACCUGUCAAAUGCUCUGUUUCUCAGGCUGCUCAACCUGCCAUUGAGAAUAGGAGCCAGUUAAAGAGGAGAAGCGAUAUAAGGAACAUAGCAAUCGUGGCGCAUGUUGAUCAUGGAAAGACUACUUUGGUCGAUGCGAUGUUGAGACAGUCUAAGGUUUUUCGUGAUAACCAAUUCAUACAAGAUAGAGUAAUGGACUCAAAUGAUCUCGAGCGUGAACGGGGUAUCACAAUUCUGAGCAAAAAUACAUCUAUCACAUAUAAGGACACAAAAAUUAAUAUAAUAGAUACUCCUGGACAUUCUGACUUUGGAGGUGAAGUUGAACGCAUCCUCAAUAUGGUUGAAGGAGUUCUUCUAGUGGUGGAUUCUGUUGAGGGGCCAAUGCCACAAACAAGGUUUGUCUUGAAGAAGGCUCUAGAGUUUGGCCUUGCUGUUGUUGUUGUUGUAAAUAAGAUUGACAGACCAUCCGCUCGUCCUGAUUUCGUUAUCAAUUCCACAUUUGAACUGUUCAUCGAACUAAAUGCUACAGAUGAGCAGUGUGAUUUUCAAGCAAUAUAUGCCAGUGGUAUAAAAGGGAAGGCAGGAUUAUCUCCUGACAAUUUGGCAGAAGAUCUUGGGCCCCUCUUUGAGUCUAUAAUCAGAUGUAUACCUGGUCCACAUAUUGACAAAGAUGGUGCACUGCAAAUGCUUGCCACAAAUAUUGAAUAUGAUGAACAUAAAGGACGCAUAGCUAUUGGGCGCUUGCAUGCUGGUGUUCUUCAGAAAGGAAUGGAAGUAAGGGUGUGCACUUCAGAAGAUUCGUGUAGGUUCGGAAGAAUUUCUGAACUUUUUGUCUACGAGAAAUUCAUUAGGACCCCUGCUGAGAAAGUAGAAGCUGGUGAUAUUUGCGCUGUUUGUGGAAUUGAAGAUAUUCAGAUUGGAGAGACCAUUGCGGAUAAAGCAUCUGGAAAGCCAUUACCUGCCAUUAAAGUGGAAGAACCAACUGUGAAAAUGGCUUUUUCUAUCAACACUUCACCUUUUGUUGGCCGUGAGGGAAAAUAUGUUACUAGCAGGAACCUACGAGAUCGGCUCUACCGCGAACUUGAGCGAAAUUUAGCAAUGAAAGUUGAGGACGGAGAAACUGCCGAUACAUUUAUUGUUAGUGGGCGUGGUACUUUACAUAUUACCAUACUGAUAGAGAACAUGCGAAGAGAAGGGUUUGAAUUUAUGGUGGGACCACCAAAAGUUAUUAACAAAAAGGUUGACGACAAGUUGCUUGAACCAUAUGAGAUUGCCACAGUGGAAGUACCCGAAGAGCACAUGGGUGCUGUGGUUGAACUUCUUGGAAGAAGGCGUGGACAGAUGAUAGAUAUGCAAGGAGUUGGGUCUGAAGGUACAACAUUUCUGAAAUAUAAGAUUCCAACACGUGGCCUUCUUGGACUGCGGAAUGCAAUCUUGACAGCUUCUCGAGGAACAGCUAUCUUGAACACCAUAUUUGAUAGUUAUGGACCUUGGGCCGGUGAUAUUGUUACCAGGGAUCUGGGUUCAUUGGUUGCUUUUGAAGAUGGAAGCAGUACUUCCUAUGCACUUGCUAGUUCACAGGAGAGAGGACAGAUGUUUAUUGGUCCUGGGGUGGAAGUUUAUAAAGGUCAGAUAGUCGGCAUCCAUCAGCGACCUGGGGACUUAUCUCUUAACAUUUGCAAGAAAAAGGCUGCGACAAAUGUACGCUCCAACAAAGAACAAACAGUGGUUCUUGAUACCCCAUUGGAUUAUAGUCUGGAUGAUUGCAUUGAGUACAUCCAAGAAGAUGAACUGGUGGAGGUCACUCCCUCGAGUAUCAGAAUGUGCAAAAACCCUAAAUUUGCAGCGGCAAAGAAAAGUCGGUAAAUCCAGCCUUUUCUGAUGUUGUUGGUCUACGAACAAAGCUUCCCCUUCAUUGGCAACCUUUUUAACAUUUCUGCAUUUAUUUCAAAUUUUGUCAUUCAAAUCGCUCUUCGAGAAAUUGAUAUUGAUUGGGUAAACUAUUUGAAGUUAUUUUUUUGA